AGCAAGCUCCUCCUCAGCGGUUCUUCACAGUCCACAAACACAACGGUACGCUAUUACAGCGAUCAGACAUCUAGUUCAACCUCUCACUUCAUUUCAGGUGAAAACUAAUAAUGGAAACCAGCAAGGUCAUCUCAACUGACAAAGCUACAGUUGUCAUCCAAGUAAAUCCACAGGUGGCACAAAAUGCUGUUAUUUGUGAUGAUGGACAGCAGAGCAGAGGAGUAUAUCCCAAUACGGCUCUCACUGGAUUUUUCAAAGCACAACCAAAGGCACUGGGGACUGUCCAAAUAAUGAUUGGAGUGGUGUGUUUCUUGUUUGGUAUCGUAAACACCUUUCACAGCAACCGUUACCGAUAUAUUAUUAUAAUUAGUGGCAUACCCUUCUGGGGAUCCCUUAUUUACAUCAGUGCUGGAUCUCUGUGCAUUGCUGCGCAGAAUAAACUUAAUUUGUGUGUGGUGAAAGCCUCUCUUGGAAUGAAUGUGAUCAGUGCCAUGACUGCAGGGAUAGCCAUUGUUCUGAUGUGCAUAGAGAUAGUUUUAAGCUCAUUGGACUAUUCAAGAUGCUACAGUCGUAACUAUGGUCGUGGUUAUAGUCAUGACUACAGUGAUCCAGAGGAAAUCUGUUUGAAUGUAAAGUAUUAUCUGGGGAUCAGUGGAGUAUUGCUGGUGUUCUCCAUCCUUCAGUUCAUCAUCUCCAUCUGUAUCUCAGGAUUCGCCUGCAAAGCCACCAGCGAGACCGACUCUACAGUGGUCAAUGUGGCACUGAACCAGGUAUACUGAGUCACAGUGAGGAGAUCCUACCAUUGAUACAUUGCAAGGAAUUGAUAUCUCUUAUAUUUGCUUCUAAGCAAGCUUUAUUAUUUUUCAAUCUGUUCAAGUGUUACAGGAAACUGAACAGGAAAAAAAAUAUGUAAAAUUAAAAGUGCAUAAAAUGACUUGUUUAAUGCUUGUUUACACAAAGACACGUUUAAGGCGUGUUUCUUUUUUUAAGCUAAAAUAAAAAUGACGUCAAAGACAUACAAUUUUAUUUCAAUUGUCUAAUCAACUUAAAACCAGGUUUCAGUUUAA